GAGUGAAAUUCUUGCUAUACCGAUUUAAUUUUGCUGCACGCGAAAAGCCGAUCGGAAGUUUUUGUUUCGUUUUUUCGUUUUUUGCCAAGAUUUAAGCUCAAAAUGGGUGUACAAAUUGUGCCAAUUUCUCCUGGUGACGGUAGCACCUUCCCCAAGAGUGGCCAUAUGGUAUCGGUCCAUUAUACCGGUACCUUGGAUAAUGGCACCAAAUUCGAUUCUUCCCGGGACCGCAACAAGCCCUUCAAGUUCACCAUAGGCAAGGGCGAGGUAAUUCGCGGAUGGGAUGAGGGCGUGGCUCAGCUAUCCCUGGGCCAACGUGCCAAAUUGAUUUGCUCACCGGACUACGCAUACGGCUCUCGUGGCCACCCUGGUGUCAUUCCACCCAAUGCAACCCUCACCUUUGAUGUGGAAUUGCUCAAGAUCGAGUAAAUUCUGCUAUUAUACGCAACAAAAACAACAACAACAAACCAACAGAAGGUGGUAGCAAGCAGAAAAAAAACCUAAAAACCCCAAAACUGGAAAUCAAUGAUUGCAUUUAACAUAAAAAUCUUUGCUCUACCCCAAGUAAAAUAACCCACAAGAUUAUUAUACAAGAUAAUGUAGUAAUUUAUACAAAAAAACAUCUAACAAUUUUUCUUAUACUCUUACCAAUAUUACUCUCUUCAUAUAUAUGAAAAACGAAAAAACAAAAAAACCAAUUGAUGAUGCAUGCAUUAAAUAAAACUUAAUAAUCCAUAAAAAUACUUUAUCAUAAACUUUACAACAAAGGAAAAACUACUCAUAUAUAAUUAUUAAAUGUACCAACUUUUAUACAAUCUUAUACUACAAUUAAUGUAUACAGCACUAAACUGAGGUUUGUCCGGCCUCAGUUUGGUGUACUUUUUU